GUAGGUAGGACGUAGCCUUACUCCAUACUUCCAUAGGCAGUAGGCACGUACUAUGCACACAUCUUUUUUUUGCGUUAUGGCUCUGCUCUAUAAAAUAAAGUGGGUUUGAUUUAGUUCGUGUUCAAAAUGUUGAUGUGAUAGAAACUAUUAUUAUUGUAUUAUUGUUGUAACUUGUUUAUGUGACUGUGAUUUGAUUUUGUGUAAGUAUAUAAUUUAUUUGAACGUGAAACGACAAUAUCUCAUGAAAUACUAAAAACGAUUUUGAGCAGUUUAUUGUUUUUUAUUUUCUUCCGUCAACAAACAUGGCAGUCGACAGUAUGUCGGAUGAUUCAUCUGCAGAUUCUGGUAAAGUAGUCGAUAACAAUCGAUUAGAUAAGAAGAAAAAGAAAAAGAAGCAUAAGCAUAGAAGUGAACGAAAACAUAAAAAAACAAAGAAAGAAAAUGGAGAAACAAAAUUAAAGGAUAAAAAAAAAUCGAAUGGUGACCAUGUUCAGAAUGGUAAACAAAAAAGGCCACCAUCUCCACCGCCAUCUGACAUCAUUAAAAAGAAAAAAAUUGAAGGACCCAUAAUAACAGAAAUCAAUUUGGAUGAAGAAGAAAUGAAUUUAGAAGAAUUAAUUAAGCAAAAGGCUUUACUUCAAGCAAGAUUAGGUGCUUAUUUAUCAGAAUCAGAAGAAGGCGAUAAAACCAAUAAAAAAAAAAAGCCAAGUGCUAAAAAAUCAGUUGAAACUAUUAACUUAGUUGAUGAUGAAUCAGAUGAAGAAUAUAAAAAUAAGAUUUGUGAACGUGUAAAAAGUCCAUUAAAACGUCAUCAUGGUUCUAGUCAAGAUAUCAAGAAAACAAGAGAUAGAAGUGUAAGUAAAGACUUAAUUCAUUUAAAGUCAGAUCGCAUAAGAAAAGAAAAAGAACGUGAAAAAGAAAGAGAUCGAGAUAAGGAAUAUGACAGGUGUCGAGAUAAAGAUAAAGACAGACAAAGAAAAAUCAAACAUUUGGAAGAUGAAAAACGACGUGAAAUUAGACGAAAAGAAGAGGAAAUUAAAAAAAGAGAAGACGAUUUAAGGAGGCGUGAACAAAGAAGACGAGAUGAAGAAAUAAAAGAGAUAGAAGAAGAAGCAAAAAGACGAACAGAAGAAGUCAGAAGACGAGAAGAACAGAUUAAGCAACGUGAAGAUCAAUUAAGACGAAGACGAGAUCGUAUUAAAAGUCCUAUACCUAAUAGAGACCGUGCAAGAAGUCCACCUGCUUCUAAUAGGUAUAGAGACCGUGAUCGAGAACGUGACCGUGAUCGGGAUAGAGAAAGAGAGAGAGACAGGGAUAGAGAUAGGGACAGGGACAGAGAAAGGGAUAAGAGAUAUAAUAGAAAAUAUGAUAGGAGAUCACAUAGUAAAGAACGAUAUUCUAGAUCUCAUAGAGGUAAAGAUAGAGGGGAUAAAUAUAAAGACAGUUUUUCUGAAGGUCUUAAGCGAGAUGAUAAGUCAUCUUCAGAUUCUGACAUUGAUGUAAAUAUAAAUAUUGCGGAAGAUGAAAACGAAGAAGAAAUUAUUGAAAAGAGAAGAAAGCAAAGGGAGGAGUUGUUGAAGAGGUUAGGAGCAAAUAAUAGUAAUUUGCAUAGUGAAGAUUCUAUGAAUCCUUCUCCACACGGAAGUUAUGCCACUGAAGCAUCUGUUCAACAUUCUCCAGAACCUCCAUCUCCUAAAGAAACUGAUAGAAGAUUAAAUGAUUCUGAUUCAGCAACCGAUAAAGAAACCACAAAGCCUGAUCAUGUAUUAAAUCCUGAUUUAAUAAAAGGCAAAUGGGAUAUGUUUGCUGAAGCUGAUUCAUUUCAUGCUACACAACAUACUCCUCAACCAGAUGGUAUAUCUAAUGGAAACAAGAGUGUACCAGAAAAUCCUUCUUUAACUGACAACUGGGAUGACGCAGAAGGAUAUUAUCGCGUGAGAAUUGGUGAAACAAUGGAUUCACGUUAUACUGUCUAUGGAUAUACCGGGCAAGGAGUAUUUUCUAAUGUUGUUCGUGCUAGAGACGCUGCUCGUGAUAAUCAAGAUGUGGCUGUUAAGAUUAUACGAAACAAUGAAAUUAUGCAUAAAACAGGAUUGAAAGAAUUAGAAAUUCUUAAACGGUUAAAUGAUUCGGAUCCUGACGAUAGGUUUCAUUGUUUACGUUUAUACCGUCACUUUUUCCACAAGCAACAUUUAUGCAUGGUUUUUGAACCACUCAGUAUGAAUCUUAGAGAGGUGUUGAAAAAGUAUGGUAAAGACAUUGGAUUACACAUUAAAGCCGUUCGUUCAUAUAGCCAGCAGUUGUUUUUGGCAUUAAAAUUGAUGAAAAAGGCAAAUAUAUUACAUGCUGACAUCAAACCUGAUAAUAUUCUGGUCAAUGAAAGUAAGUUAGUAUUGAAAUUAUGUGAUUUUGGAUCAGCAUCACACAUAACUGAUAAUGAAAUUACACCAUAUCUUGUCAGUCGAUUUUACCGGUCUCCUGAAAUAAUUUUAGGUAUUCAAUGUGAAUUUGGCAUUGAUAUGUGGUCUGCUGGUUGUACUAUUUAUGAACUUUAUACUGGUAAAAUAUUAUUUCCUGGAAAAACCAAUAACCAAAUGUUGAAAUUUUUUAUGGAUUUAAAAGGAAAAAUGGCCAACAAAACUAUUCGGAAGGGAAUGUUCAAAGACCAACAUUUUGAUAGCAAUUGUAAUUUUCUGUACCACGAAGUUGACAAAGUUACAGAACGAGAGAAAGUUAUAACUAUGUCUUCAAUAAAUCCUAGUCGAGAUUUAUAUACUGAAUUAUUGGGAAAUCAAAAAUUACCAGAAGAACAAAUUCGUAAAGUUGGACAGUUGAAGGACUUGCUUGAUAAAAUACUGACAUUGGAUUCUUCAAAACGCAUUGGCAUAUCACAGGCUUUGAAUGAAAGCUAAAUCGAAAAAUCAUACAACGCAUAGGAAUUGACAAAAUCAUUUCUCCUCCAAUUUUUAUUUGGGUUAUCAAACAGAGAUAGAGAGGGGCAAAUCAAAAUGGCUAUGUAUCCAUAAUUGGUAUCCAUACAGGUUAAGCUCAAAUGCCAAAAAACAGUUUAUAAAUAGGUAUAAAUUGAGUUAAUAAACCCUUUAUAAUUAAUAUGCAAUAGGCUCAUGUAAGUCCUCCUCUUGGUAAUUUUCUUGGAUAUAGGAUCUUUAUAACUGUUAUAUAGUAAUAUUUUAAAGACGUAUCGUAAGUAGAAAAUAAUAACACAAAUGGUCAUUUAUUAUAUUAUUAAAAAUAAUUAAUUUUUUUUAAUCUUAGAAGAACUGAUUGGAAAAUAUUAUGUAGGAUCUCAUAACCAAUGAUGGAGCUUAAACUGUCAUAAAAAAAAAAAAAAAAAAAAAUACUAUAAAACUAAUUUUUUUUAGUAGUUGGUAUAAAGACCAGUAUGUCUGGAUUAAUGUGACAAACUUAAAGCAGGGCUUGGAAGUUAUAGUACUAAAAAUUGGUAAAAAUGUAAAAUAAAAUUGUCAACUGAAUUUUUAUAUAGAAUAUGGUUAUAAGUAUUUAGGAACUAUAGUAUAUUUGGUCAGCUCUGGAAUGUAAAUAUGACAAAUUCAAUAAUUUCAUUACAAUGUGUCUGACAAUAAUCUCAUAAAAUUAACCAAAUUAUUGGAAAUAAAUAGAAUAAAUUAUCUGAUGUCAAUAGCGAUAACAAUUGAUGUAUCUCUACUUAUAAAAUAUACUACUAGAAAAUCAAAAUACACAUAUUUGUAUACUUUAUUAAAUUAAUAUUGUUUAUUUCUUUUAAUUUAUAAAAAUAUGCCUAUAAAUAGAACUUAAAACUAAAUUAGUAGGUAACUUAAACUUCUUAUAUGUCAGCAAAGUGUGAAACAAAUUUUUAUCUUAAUUUUAAUGUUCUAUAUAAAAAAAAAAAAAAAUGUGCAAUUAAUAGAACUUCCUAGCCCUGGUUAAGCUUGGCCAUUAUAUCUAUCCAAAUAAAAAAAAAAUUAUCUUGAUUGGCAUCAAGUUAUAAAAAUAUAAUUGUUAUAAGGUAAAAUGUAAAAUAUUUAAAAAUAUUCAAGUGGAACUGUAGUAAAUUAUUUAAUUGAUGAAUAAAAACUAAUUAAAAUAAAUGUAUAAAGUUUUUUAAUAUUACCUACUUUUCAUUAAUAAAUAAUAUAUAAGUUUAUUAUGUAACAAAUAUCAUAAAAUAUCAAUUCCUUAUUCAGUCUUCAAAUUAUCAUUAAAGAGUAGAGAGUUCUAAGUUUAAUAUAACGAUUAAGUUAAAAUUUAGGGAAUGGACUUUUUUUUGUUGUUAAAAUAUAGCUACCAUUUAAAGGACAAAGAAAUGCAGAUAAAUAAAUUUGCUCUAUGCUCAGAAUAUUUUUGUUUUUUUUUCACAACAAAAGUCAAAAAUAUCACAUUUAAUUAAUUAUAAUGAUUUUAUUAGAAAAUAUAUGAAAUCAAAGAAGUGAAAAUAUCAAACCUAGAUUAUGUCUAUAGGUAAGAGUAAAAAUGAGAAACAUUUAAUACUUAAAACAGUCAUCAACAUAAUAAAUAAUUACUUAAAUUCAAUAUUUCUAUUUUUUAAAGAAUAUUAGGUAUACCGUACAUAGAUAAGUACUUACCUAUAAAAUUAUUUUAUUAAGAAUUAUACUACCCGACUAUAAUGAAAAAAUAUUGCUCAACUGCCAAAUAUAUUUUGAAAUAUGCAAAUUAAAAACACUUAUAUUCACUAGUGGUAGACAAUUUUGACCGGAAGGCAGAUUUUUCUUGGUUAUUAUUUUAUAAUUUGAUUUUUAUACAUUGCAAAAUUUUAAAUAAAACUUAUAAUUUAUAAAACACUAUAAAAAAAAAUAAAAAAAUAAUAUGGUAUUUUGUUAACUUGAUUAUGCUUACUACUUAAAAUAAUAUUACAUUUAUUAUAUAAUUAUUAUACUAUAAAGUAUAUUAUGUAGUGCGCAGUAUUUCAAUACUAUAUUAUUCACUACUGAGUACUAACUGUGUUAUAGUAUUAUUGAAUACCUGGUUAUAACUGGUAACUGGUAAUGGUAAACCUAAAAGCAUAGAUGAGAGACAAGUAUAGAUUUAUCACAGAUAUAUAUACAAUAUUAGUAUAUAUCUGUGAGAUUUAUUUAUUAAAUAUACCUGUUGUUUCGUUCAUUGUUAUUUGUUGACAUUUUAUAUUUAACAGUUUAUAUUUCUGGGAAAAGAUGAAAACAUCGACUCCAAAUAGAUCGAAAUAGAAAAUGAAUUUAUUAAUACUCAAUUAAUAGAAAAGAUAAUAUUAGGAUUCAAAUACUCGUCAAUGUGGUAAUGUAUUUAUUUUAAUUUUCUUAUUUUUUCUUGUGGUUGUGGGAGGAUGGAGCUUUGAGUUAUUUAAAAAAACUAUCCAUAACAUAUAAAUAUAAAUGAUACCCCCUUACAUAUCCCCAAUGGCGCCAUUUGAGUUUUAUAAUAGGGGUGCCAACAUUUAAGCAGGCCAAUUUUUUCAAAAUAGUAAAUACAGAUAUGGUUUGUGUGUAAGUCGCUUGCAUGGGGUUAAAUUCUUGAAAGGUAUAUUUUAAUGAAUUCAAAUUAUUCAUUAAUAAUUUAUUUGCCUUUUGGUAUAGAUUCAAAAAUAUUUAGUAUUAUACCUAGGUAGUAGAUUCUUAUAUUAGUUAUAUUUAAUUAAUGCAAUUUAUUAAUAUUAUAUUUAUUUAACAUAUUAUAAUAAAUGAUAAUACAAUAUUCCAUACAAAAUACAAAAUACAUUAGUUUUUUUAAAUUAAUUAUGCAAUUCUAGCUUAUACCUUCUAGUUUUUAUUUUAGAAAAUCUAUCUACUGCUUCGUCUAAAUUUAUUUUGUUAGCAUCUUAUUUUUCUAACGCUAUGACCAUUAAAUCACUUAAUCGUUUGUCACCCAUUGAAGAUAUAAUAUUAUACAAUAUUAUACUAAGUGUAACCGUAGCCAGCCGUAGGUAGACUGUAUUACUGUAACGACAUCAUAGAAAUGUUAAAAAUAUAGAAUUAUUUUGAAUUACAAACAUAAUAUUGUAUAAUAUAAUGGAAUACCCACAUACGCCGAUACGUAGGUACCUAUUAUAUAUUUAUAUACCAAUACUAUAUUUUAUUAUACCGCAUUUAUACCUACUAACGAAAAAAAAACAUCUAGAAAGUUGGAAAUAGCUUAGAUCAAUGAUCAUAGACGUUUAACUCAUGCUAUAAUCUAUUAAGAAUCUAAAAAUAAUAAAUAUUAUGCAUUAUUAUUUAUUACCUAUCUCCAUACAUAAUAAUAUAAUAUAUAUUUAUAUUUUAUACCUACGCAUUAUGUAGUAUUCAUAACAAUUAAUAAUAUAUUUAUCAUUGCCCGUGCGCCGUCGGCGCAUUGUACAUUUUAAUCCAGGUCAAUAAGACUCGGAAAAAAAUAGGGAAGCCAAAGUAUACGUUGCGCCCCCCAAAUGGCGCCCCUGCAUAUACCCUUAAGCUACGGCUAUUCACAUUAAAAAAAACAAAAAUAAUUAACACAAAAUUAAUUUUUAUAUUUAAUAUUUUAUUAAUAAAAACACAGUUAAUUGUGUGUACCUAACAAUGGCAUUUACGGUAUAUAGUACUUUAGUAGAUACUGAAAAGAAACAGAAUAUAACAAAUAAAUCAAUUUAAAUAUUUGGGAAGCAUAAUAGAUAAUGAGGGAAGGUCAAAAAAGGAAAUAAAAAGUAGAAUAGGGCAAGCAAAAAAGGCAUUUUUACUUAAGAGUAAAUUACUAACAUCAAAAAAUGUAUAUCUAAGAACGAGAAAAUGUUUAAUUAAAAUAUACGUAUGGAGUACAGUAUUAUAUGGUUGUGAAACAUGAACGUUGAACAAGAAAGAUGAAACCACUCUCGAAGCUUUUGAAAUGUGGUGUUGGCGUAAAAUGGAGAAAAUAAAAUGGACGGAAUUGAAGACGAACGAAGAAGUAUUAGAUUUAGUCAAAGAGAAAAGAACAUUGCUAAAUAAUUUAUGAUCAAGGCGAUGGCAUAUGAUCGGUCAUAUACGUUAAGACAUAGUGAAGAACUCCAUAGCCUCAUACUGGAAGGUAUGAUAGAAGGGAAACGCGGAAGUUGUAGGCCAAGAACGUGUUAUAUAAGUCAAGUAAUCAAAGAUGCAAGAGUCGAUUCGUACAAACAACUCAAAGACAAAGCACAAGACAGAGAAUCAUGGAGAGAACAUUUAUUGUAGACCAAUCUAUGGAUUGAAUAGGUACUAAAAAAAAAAAAAGUAGAUACCUAUAAUAAUUUUCACUAUGGGCCAACACAAAUUAAUACACUAUACAGUAUACACACGUAGUGAAGUUAGACAUAAAAAUUUAAACACUAACCGAAACAUUUAAAAAAAAAUCUUUUUUGAAAUUAUUAUUUUAAUUGCAAUAAAUUGAAUCAAUACAGUAGCUUGUGGAUACCAGGCACACAAGAAUUGCUUUACAAAUCCAGGUAGGUAGGCGAAUGAAAAAAUUUGAAUUUACCAAUGCAAUUUGAGUACACAAUUGUGUACUCAAAUUGCAUUGGUCUCUAACAGUACUUGAAUUUCCGCCCGUAGAAUACCUAUUACCUAAUUACUUAUUAAAGUUUAUUGUAUUUUACACCACCACUGUUGUAUUCGUUAACUUAAAUUGUUACGAUUGUUGUUUAUUUCAAUAAAUAAUGACGGCACGCAGGCACCCCUUAAUUCUGAAGUAAUUCCAGCGAAAAGAGACACGAGUAGUUAGUGAGUAUUGUUGAUCACAAAAAAAGUUUGUAUUAAUUGGUUUGAAAGACAUUGGAGCUAUAAUAAUUUGAAAUUAUAGUAAUCUACUUAAUUAAUAUUAGGAAAUCCGUCAACAUUUUAUACUGGCGUUACUAGGAUUUUUUUCAGGGGGGGGGUUUAAUUUUUGUAAAAUACAAUAUUUAAAAAAAAAUAAAAAUAAAAGACCAUUAAAAAUUAAAAUAAUUUUUAAAUUUUUUUAAUAUUUCAGGAGUGGCUGCAGCCCCCUCAGCUUCCCCCCAGGCUACGCCAAUGACAUUUUAUAGUUUUGUAAAACCGUUUUGAAGGACUAAUAUUUACAUUUUAAUAACUCGGAACCUACUCGUUAGAAUUUGGAUUUAGUUCGAUAUAUUAACAUUUUCAAAACAAUUAUCUGCUUUAUAAUUUAUUCUAAAAAAAUUUGGUUGUAAUAUGAAAAAAAUAAAUUUAUAUCACCAUUGCCCAAUGAAAUAUGAACACUACGCAUAAAUUGUGUACAUUAUUUUAAUUAUUUUAAAAUAUGGAUAUAUGAUAGGUACUUAGGUAUACUUAAAUAUCCCAUAAUCAGAAUUUAAAUAAAUUCAUUACUAAAAGAAAAAACGGCAGUAUAGAAUUAUUUUGUUUAAAAUAAUAAUUUUAUUGAUUUUGGAAUUGAAUAUGAUUGAAUAAAAAUAAUUUCAAAAACAUGAAUAAGAAUCAUGGACUAAAUAGUGUUUAACAUUUUGCUUGAAUAUUCGGUAGUGAGUUUAGUCAAACAACCGGGAUGAAAGUUAUAAGCUGGUGACAUGUUUCGAUUCUCGAUGUACCUGGUGACUUCAAGAGCUGGGUGAUGCAAGAAAUUCAUAAAAAAUGUAUGUUGAUGUUUUGUUUAUAAUAACUAUCUAGGUAUUAGGUUUAUUAUUUUUUUUAUAGUGUACCUACGUUUUAUUUUUAUUUUGUGUUUAUUAUUAAAUAAUAAAAACUAAUAAUAUUUUAUUACUAUUAUUAUUUUUUAUAUCACAUGUUUGAAUUAUUAAAUAAAGAAAUAAAAGUAUUCAUUUUUCAGUUUUUA